AUGUCACGAUCCCGCGUUACUGCAAAAUCGAAUCAUGGCGAUGAUGAGCACUGGCUGGGUGUAUCUCGCUCGUCUCGGCCCGAUGGUUGGAGAACCCCUACCAUUGAAGACCCAGGACAUCCAGCCAAUCGACCAAAAAACUCGGACGAUACACUUCUCGAUCAGCGCAGCUCAGCACGACGCCGCGAAGACGCCGCGUCUGAGCUAGAUCGUCAAGCGAAUAUGUUCCCGAUAAAUACGCCGCCUCCAACGGACGACGAGAAACCCAAGCACCUCACUUGGAAGCAGAGGAUAAAGCAUGUUACCUGGGCAUGGUUUACGCUUUGCAUGGCUACCGGUGGCAUAGCGAGCGUUCUUUAUUCAGUGCCAUACCAGUUUCAUGGUCUACGUGCUAUUGGAAUUGCUAUCUUCUUGUUGAAUAUUGUUCUUUACCUCAUAAUCUGGGCUAUGAUGAUUUGUCGGUUCUAUUUCUUCCCCUACACGUUCUGGGCCAGCCUCACUCAUCCCACCGAAUCGCUGUUCGUCCCAGCCUUUGCGGUCGCCUUCGGAACCAUUCUAAUCAACAUUGUCGAAUAUGGGUUCAAUCGCACAGGUCUUUGGCUCAAUCAUGCUGUUGUCGUCCUAUAUUGGAUUGAUGCUGCCGUUGCUUUCAUAUUGAGCAUUGGCAUAUAUUUAAUAUUGUGGUCCUCACAGUCUUUCACCAUCGCACGGAUGACGCCAAUUUGGAUAUUUCCGGCCUAUCCAUUGCUGAUUAUCGGUCCCCACGCCGCCAAACUAUCUGCCCAGCUGCCAAAUGCUAGGCAGGCUACCCAGAUCAUCAUUGGAGGCUUCACCAUUCAGGGGAUUGGCUUCCUGGUCUCACUGACCAUCUAUUCAGCCUUCGUAUAUCGGCUGAUGACGCAAAAGCUACCAGCAGAAGCCUUGAGACCUGGCAUGUUCGUCUCGGUGGGUCCAUCGGCUUUCACCGUCAGCGGUGUGCUCGGGAUGGCAAAUAAUCUUCAUCACAUAAUAGCAAGAACACCAGACUCCACCUUUCUGGACGUUCCCGGCCUCCUUGCCGCUCAGAUUCUUCGACUCGUUGCGAGUUGGAUGUGCCUCUGGCUCUGGGGACUAGCCUGGUGGUUCUUCUUUGUGAGCUUGCUCUCUAACAUCGAUUGUCUCCGGGCGAAGCACCGAACACAAUUUGCGAUGACAUGGUACAGCUUCAUUUUCCCCCAGACAGCUCUGACCUCCGCAACAUUUUCCAUCGCCAAGGCAUUCGAUGUCGCUGCUAUCAGGGUUAUUGGUUGUGUCAUGGCCUGUUUACUCAUCCUUGUCUGGUUUUUUGUUGUUGGAUGCAUGAUUAAGGCGAUUUAUGAAAAGCAGGUAUUGUGGCCAGAGAAAGGAGAGGAUAAAAGUGAAGGUGGCUUCAAAGCGAGAGACGAGGUUAAGAGCUUUCUGCCAACCACACGGCCAACGCAGGAGGAGAAGGACGAAGCCAUUGAUAUGUUGGAUCGUCCUUGA